GACACAACCCUUGUGGACCCAUCACCCGAUCUGUUUGAGUCUACAGGGUUAACAGAUGAGACUUUUCUUGGGUUUGAGGACAGCCGUGCAGACGUAUCCAGCCAGACCCUUGAAAAGUCUUCAGAUACGAGGACAAGUGAAGCUCCUGGAGCAGCGGCACCACAGGAUGGAGAAGUGGUGCCACGGACCAGCAGCGGACUAGCUUCGGGAAUUGGUUCCUACUACAGGCCGGAUCUCCUCCUACAGGAGUCGUCAGAGGAUGACGAGGUGGAAGUGCAGCAGGCUGCAGUUGCUACAUCCCUGUCUACCCAAAUGCAAGUGGUGGCAGACGCCCAGGAAGGGCAGAAUCCCUCAACUGUUCAGAGGGUUCACACCCUGGCAUCGGAGAUUACUUCCCGCCAGGAUACCUACACAAAUGUUGUUGGAAGCAGACUGGACAACAUUGAGAGGACAAUGGAGAAGAUGUCAAACAGUCUGCUUGAAAUGCAGAAGGCUCUUGCCGACAGCACGGCCACAAUGCUACAGGUCAGAAUGGAAGAUCAUAGGGAGAAUAUGGACGUCCUUCACAUUCUGGCCGAAUCCAUGAGCCGGCUCGUGGAGAACACAACAUGUCUGGCACACAGCAAUACCAACAUGUCGGAGAGCCAUCGACAAUCCUCAUCCAGCCAACAGCUCAUCGCAACCACACUGCAGAUGAUCUAUGACAAGCUCCCAGAACCAGCUCAUCAACACGCUGGUGAUCCACCAUUUCCGCCGUCACAAGCCACAAGGACGCCUCGUACCCUUCCUCAACUACCAUCCCAGUACAGACAGUCACAGAUGUACCAGGGAUAUACAGGGAUGUACCCCACCCACCAGAUGCCUCCACCACCGGCCGCCACAUCUACAGCCGCAUGGGCACAGAGGCCCAGUCAACGUACUACCCAGCCUCCCAGGACAUCGACACCCCACACUCAGGAGGAACACCAGGAUCCGGACAGACUUCCACCAUAAGCCCGGUCGUAUUGUUUUAUUUACUUCAUAUGUUUUUCAUGUAUCCCUUUCUACCCCUCCCAUUAGUUUUUUUUUUUUUCUUACUAUUGUUUUUUCUUUGUUGGGCUUCCCCACCCGUGACCGGGUACUACCAAGGAGCUUUGUGUAGGCAUACAUGCGCGGGCAUGUAUGCGGGCGCGUGUGGUAACGGAUGAAAGCUCCUUGUGGCUACAUGUAUGAUGGGCCAAAGAGCAAUUCUGAUACCACUCUUUUACCCAAAAAAUCCUUUUUGUAAUGGUGUACAAUAGGCUUUCACUGUUGUGUGAAUUUACUAUUCACUAGUGUGUGUUUUUGGCUUAUUCAUAGAAUUGGGUGGAAAAUUGAAGUGGACGGCAUAAGUUCGUGUUGUGCGUACCAAGAUAUCUAUCUACACAAGAAAAGAAUAUAAAGAAUAACAAACUACUUUUUUGUUAUAUUACCUUUCAAUUUUUAUUUCAAUAAUCAAAUA